CACCGAUUCUAUCCUCAUCUCUGGUCCACAGCCGUCAGAUCAUAGUUGGGAGUUUACAAUCAACCAUCAUCUACCUCGCAAUUGAAAGCUAAAGACGGAUAUCCAUCUUCUCCUCCCGCACCUGAUCGCUCAUUCCCUCCCAACCCACCAUUAAUAACGCUAGCAGAAAUUCAAAAAAGUGCGAGCGAAAUUUGCAGAGUGAGCAAGCAGAGAGCUCUCUUCCAAUGGCGAAGCCGGUCUCCAUUGAAGUCUGGAACCCAAAUGGGAAAUACAGAGUCGUCAGCACUAAAUCCAUGCCGGGAACCCGCUGGAUCAAUCUUCUCAUCGAACAAGACUGCCGCCUCGAGAUAUGUACCGAGAAGAAAACGAUCCUCUCCGUCGAGGACAUCAUCGCUCUUAUUGGAGACAAGUGCGAUGGAGUCAUCGGCCAGUUGACGGAAGAUUGGGGGGAGACUUUGUUCGCGGCGCUGAGUAAAGCUGGAGGGAAAGCAUUCAGCAACAUGGCAGUUGGGUACAAUAACGUGGAUGUCAAUGCUGCUAAUAAGUAUGGGGUUGCAGUUGGAAACACUCCUGGAGUGCUUACGGAGACAACUGCGGAGUUGGCCGCAUCGCUUUCGCUUGCUGCAGCUAGAAGGAUUGUUGAGGCUGAUGAGUUCAUGAGGGCUGGAUUAUACGAUGGAUGGCUUCCGCACUUGUUUGUUGGAAACUUGCUCAAGGGGCAAACUGUUGGUGUCAUUGGGGCUGGCCGAAUCGGAUCUGCUUAUGCCAGAAUGAUGGUUGAAGGGUUCAAAAUGAAUCUCAUAUACUUCGACCUGUAUCAAUCAACGCGGCUGGAGAAGUUCGUUACUGCGUAUGGUCAGUUCCUCAAAGCAAAUGGCGAGCAACCGGUGACCUGGAAAAGAGCAUCCUCCAUGAGUGAGGUGCUUCAAGAGGCUGAUGUGAUAAGUCUUCACCCGGUUCUGGACAAGACCACUUACCACUUGAUCAACAAGGAGAGUCUUGCUACAAUGAAGAAGGAAGCUAUCCUGAUAAACUGCAGCAGGGGUCCUGUGGUUGAUGAAGUAGCUCUUGUUGAACAUUUGAAACAGAAUCCCAUGUUUCGAGUUGGUCUCGAUGUCUUUGAGGAUGAGCCUUACAUGAAACCGGGUCUUGGUGAAAUGAAGAAUGCUAUUGUUGUGCCGCACAUUGCUUCUGCUUCGAAGUGGACUCGUGAGGGGAUGGCAACUCUGGCAGCUCUGAAUGUCCUGGGGAAGAUUAAAGGGUACCCUGUGUGGCAUGACCCAAAUCGAGUAGAGCCAUUCCUGAAUGAAAAUGCUCCUCCUCCAGCUGCGAGUCCAAGCAUUGUGAAUGCUAAAGCUCUUGCUGUGCCAGGAAUUCCCAUUUCUACCACAAAAUCUUCUUCAAGCCUUGAUAAUGGCCUUCUCUUGUUGCUCUUCUCGCAGGUUUACCAGUUUCCAAGGUGCAGGGCAAUUUACAGCCAUUUAUAAUGUACUCUCUUGAUAUCGUAAGUGGAACAUUAACGGUAUGCGUAUUUAAACCCGAAAAAAUGGCCGAUAUGCUUGUUUGGUCUCUUCCAUGUUAUGGUAUGGCAGUACGUCUAAGCUAACCAGAAGCUUGUGGUUUCAAUAAGACGGUUUUUCUGUGUAAUACCUCAUCCAACUGUUUAAAUAAACUAAUUAUCUUUCGUAUUAAAUAUUAAUCAGACUUUUGAAAAUACAAAA